AUGACUAUAUUACACCAUCGUCAUCAGCCUCACCCUAACCUCCCAACGAACAAUAAGUAUGAUCAUCAAUUAUUCUUCACUUCAUCAUUUGGCAAAUAUCUCCUUCUUCUCACCUUAUUCCUAAUUUUCACAUCAGCAGCUGCAGCAACCCUCAAUUGUACCUAUUCCCAUUCAGAUACUUCCGAUUCUUCUUCCACCUCAUCCAACAUCUAUGAAUAUUCAUCAUUGAGUCCUCCUGUGAAAGGAACUUGUCGAGGACCAAUGCAUAGAACCAUCUCUGCAAUGAAUGUAAUUUCCAAGCUUAAUCUCGGUUGUCCAAGAAAUCAAAUUCCCUACAGUAAGGAAGGAGUUUUGCAAAUUCAAUGUGGGGAGUGUAUUCCUGGAACGAGUGGAACCAGUAACUUGUUGAAUUCAUUUCAAUGUGCUGUCAAUGAAUAUUGUACAGAUGGUGGUAAAUGUAAAUUAAUUAAGGAGCAUCCAUUGUAUGGAGCUGAUUGUCCAUUUGAGGUUUCUUCAUCGAUUGUUAGAUCUGACACUGAGGGAAUUGACACUUGGUGUGGAACUGGUUUGAUUUGUGUUCAACAUAAAUGCGUCAGUUGUAGUGAGGGAGAUGUUGAUAUGAACACUGGUGUGAAAUGUAUCUUGGGAGAGUGGACAUAUGCCUCAUGGAUGGAUUCCACCUUGGAGCCUUCUCCCUUAUUACUUUUUGCAUUAUGUGGAAUUACAUUACUGUAUGCUUUGGUCAAUUGUAGUUGCAGAAGUGUGAAAUUAUUGAGCAAGGUUGUUGAUGACUACAAAGAAGGAAAAGAACACGAAUCUAUUAGAAAAUUAACUCAGGAAUUUGUUUCAGCUCUCGAAAAGGUUCCAGAAAAUUCCAAUCAAGAACCAAAUAAUCAUCAACAAGUAUUAUCGCCUCGAACAACUAUUAAAGAUGUUGAAAUGGCAGAUCUAACAAACAAGAAACGAAAUAAAUAA